AUGUUGUGGAAGUUCAGGUGGAGCAGGGUCUCCGUCAUUGUUCCCGCUGCCUUCAUUUUAACCACCACCUUCUACAGUCUCGUUCUUUCUCCCUCUCGAACAACCCAAGACACACCAUGGGCCACCGAUACCGCAGUGAUUGGCCUCGAUGCCUCGACCGAUCCGCCACCUGCUACUCAGCAAAAGUACCAUAUCCUCAUGGGUGCCACUCAGCCAGCGCUCUUUUUAUGCAAGACGCUCCUCACCAUGGCCAUUCUCGGCUAUCCCGCGCCUCAGCUCAUCGGAUGGGGGGAACCCGAGACGGAGGGCCUCAAAGGUGGCGGCUCACAUUUUUUCAAGAUUACCAAAAUCCUCGAGUACCUCAACGAUCCUGAACGACGCAAGAACCCUGCAUUUGACAAUGAGAUCCUGUUCAUUCUGGACGGCUACGAUAUUUGGUUUCAGUUACCAUUCAAGACCCUUGUUGAACGCUACCAUGCCACUGUCGCCGAAGAGAACAAGCGUGUUGCCCAACGCAUGGGUCGAGCCAAGCAGAUCGAGAAUGUCACGUCGUCCAUCAUCUUCGGUGGUGGCAAGCUCUGCGGUCCCAGCCAACCGCACACGGUAGCCUGCUAUACCAUCCCAGAGUCUCCUCUCCCAGAGGACCUAUAUGGCGGCAACACCAACACGGUGCUCGGAACCAACGCCCUCUCGAGCUUCCGCACACGCUAUCUCGUGGCAGGCGCCUGGGCAGGCCCGGUUGGAGAAAUACGUACGCUUCUCCAGCGAGCCAGCGACGAAUUGGACAAAUGUGUCGAAAGCCAUGUCGGCUGGUUCAACGUCGACGGUCCGUGGCCGGUAGACCAAUGCUACAAGGGUAGUGAUCAAAGCAUCUUUGUUGAGAUAUUCGGUAGGCAGGAGUUCCAUCGUGAAGUCAUGCGCCGUGUACACCGCAGGCGAAUUGACAACAUCGUUGAUGCGAUUAUUCCUGGCCGUGCCGGCUCUAAGCCCCAGCCUUACAAACUCUUGGGUAUUACCAUUGAUGACCCUCUCAACCCACCCUUUCCCCAUCAGGAGGUCGAUCCAGGCUAUCUCCCCGGGAAGCCAUACGAAUUUGGCAUCGGCAUUGAUUACUGGUCGCUGCUUGCCCACCAGACCUCUAACGCGAAAAGUGAUGCUCGCUAUAUCCGCCUCGACGAAUCUUUUCCGGACCAAGUUGGUACGCGGACCCUGUUCGAGUGCAAGCCCAAGCCGCCACACCUCGACAACCUACCCCGGGGAGGAGUCCUGGACCUGAUGCCCGGCCGAGACUGGAGCAACAUGCCCAUGUACACCGAGAUCUGCCUCGGAGUUGUCCCCGUCAUGAUCCACCACAACAGCGUCGACAAGUAUCAGAUCGAGUACCAGUGGAACCAGACGUGGUGGUACGGGCAUGCGCGGCAGCUCCUGGAGCUGCGUCGACAGGAGAAGCUGCCGAUGCUGGUGGAAGGAGUCCCGACUCUCCAGGGCAAUUUGAUAAAGUGGGAUGAGCUGUGCCCGGCGGAGUUCGACGAGGAGCUGUACAGGGGUUAUGGGGCAGACGGAAAGCGACCAGAGCCAGAAGCACCGGAUUUUCCGCAGGAUCCUCUAGACCAGGUUGCUCCCGUCGAAGUCGCUCCCGUGCAAGGUGUUCCCAAGGAGGAUGCUCCUGUUCAGGAUGCUCUCGGACUGGAUGUUCCUAAGGACGACGCCGUCAAGGCAGGUGUUCCUAAGGAUCCUCUCGUGCUGGAUACUCCCAAGAGUGAUGCUCCUAAGGAUGAUGUUCCUAAGGAUACUUCUGUGCUGGGUACCCCUAAGAAGGAUGCUGCCAAGGACGAUACUGCCAAGGACGAUGCUCUCAUGGCCGAUGCUCUCAAGGCCGAUGCUCUCAAGGCCGAUGCUCUCAAGGCCGAUGCUCCCAAGGCCGAUGCUCCCAAAGACGAUACUCCUAAGAAGGAUACGCCCAAGGACGACGCUUCUAAGGACGAUACUCCUAAGGAGGAUGCUGCCAAGGAGGAUGCUCCCAAGGAGGAUGCUUCUAAGGACGAUACUCCUAAGGAAGACGUUCCUAAAGACACUCCUAAGAAGGAUGUUGCUGAGGAGGAUACCCCGAACGACAAUACUCCCAAGGAAGAUGCUUCUAAGGACGACGUUCCUAAAGACGAUUCUAAAGUGGAUGGUCGUAAAAGCGAGGCUCCUAAAGAAGAUGGUUCUAAGGAUGAUGAUUCUAAGGAAGAUACUCCCAAGGACGAUACUUCGAAAGAGGAUACUCCUAAGGACGAUGCUGUCAAGGACGACGCUGCCAAAGACGACGCUGCUAAAGACGACGCUCCCAAGGACGACGCUCCCAAGGACGACGCUGCUAAAGACGACGCUCCCAAGGAUGACGCUGCCAAAGACGACGCCCCUGAGGACGAUGAUACCAAGAAGGACCAGACUCCUCCAGAAGACCCGCCGAACGAUGAACCCCUAGUGGACGGACAACAAGAAAAAGACGACAUUAAGGAGGAGCUUCUCACAGGGGAGGAGUCUCCAGAGGCUAAUUCUCCGGAAGCUGAACCUCCAGUAGAUGAGUCUCUAAUCAACGAACCCCCAAAGGACGAAGACCCCAACGACACACCUCUCGUUAAUUUACCGCCUCCCAUGGUUGGGGCUGUGGAAGACGAAGCUCUUCCGGAGGAGCACUCUCCUUUCGGCACGCCUUUUCGACCAACCCGUUACACUAGCUGA